UUCCGGUUGUUUUGGGGCGGAGUAAAGAAUGGCGGAGAACGGAGGGGAGCAGCAACAGCAACAUCAGCAGCAGCAGGCUAUGGAGAUUGACAGACGUGCGGAAUCUGAAGAGUCUGGUGAUGAAGAAGGGCGAAAGAAAGGGACAAUUGAUGAGUUAUCCCAGAACAUAAGAUUGAGGGGAACUGGAGGGAGCGCAUCAGGAGAGCCAGAUACUCCAGUUGAUAUUGACACCAUCAUUCUGGAUCCUGAAGCAGAGGAUGUUGAUCUCAACCACUGCCGGAUUGGAAAAAUAGAAGGAUUUAAUGUACUGAAGAAAGUGAAGGUACUGUGUCUUCGCCAGAAUCUUAUUAAGACAAUUGAGAACCUUGAACAUCUGAUAACGCUCCGAGAGUUGGACCUGUAUGACAAUCAGAUCCAUCAACUAGAAAAUCUCCAGACCUUAAAGGACCUUGAGAUUUUGGAUCUGUCCUUUAAUAUUGUGCGGAAAAUUGAGGCUCUUGAGUCUCUGACCAAGUUAAAGAAGCUCUUCCUUGUGAACAACAAAAUCUCAAAAAUAGAAAAUAUUGGUCACUUGGAUCAGCUGGAGAUGCUGGAGCUCGGUUCAAACCGUAUCCGGGUUAUAGAAAAUAUUGAAAAUUUGAAGAAACUCAGCAGCUUGUUUUUGGGUAAAAAUAAAAUCACAAAACUACAGAACCUGGACGGGCUGACGAAUCUCACAGUCCUCAGUAUACAGAGUAAUCGGCUGACGAAGAUAGAAGGUAUGCAAAGUCUGGUCAACCUGCAGGAGCUUUAUUUGAGUCACAACGGCAUAGAGGUGAUUGAAGGCUUGGAGAACAACAAAAAGUUAACAACUUUGGAUAUCGCAACCAAUAGGAUCAAGAAGAUCGAAAAUAUCAGUCACCUGACAGAACUUCAGGAAUUUUGGAUGAACGAUAAUUUAAUUGAGCACUGGAGUGACCUUGAUGAAUUGAAGAAUGCCAAAGGUUUACAGACAGUGUACCUUGAGGGUAAUCCACUGCAAAAGGACCCACAUUAUCGGCGGAAAGUAAUCUUGUCUCUCCCCUCUGUACGACAGAUCGACGCAACCUUUAUCCGAUUCUGAAAGGGAAGCAGCUUCUUAUCACUGACUCAUUUGGAGGAAGCUCCAUGUGUUUUACUUGACUGAGGCUCUUAAAGUAUUUGAUAAAAGUACUAAAUUAUAGCUAAAUAACUCGAUGCAUGAUUUUGUUAUUGAUUCCUGUCUGACAUCUUGUGUGCAGCAGCCUUGCACAAUUUCUAAGGUGACUCAUCCUUGGUUUGUGAGGGGCAUAUGAGUCUGUUUUGUUUUGUAUGGAAUGAAUAUUAAAGGCACUGAACUGCA